AAUCGCUGAUACGAUACAACAACGACUUUAUCCUCCCCGCACAUGGUGAUGGCGUACUUAUCGCAGAACCACCGUCGUCGUUAUUGUGGUGGUGUAGCAUUACCAUGGCGGUGCCCCUUUUCAAUCUCGCACCUGACAUCACCGUCUCACGACUCUGCUUAGGCACCAUGACUUUCGGCGAGCAGAACUCCUUGCCUCAGUCGUUCGAGCUCCUCGACAAAGCCUUCGACUCAGGAAUCAAUUUCUUCGACUCUGCCGAAAUGUAUCCUGUUCCACAGCGUUCACAAACUCAGGGGAGGAGUGAGGAGUAUCUUGGACGUUGGAUUCGAUCCCGCAAUAUCCCACGCGAUCGCGUUGUACUCGCUACAAAGGUCAGCGGACCAUCGGGGCAAAUGACUUGGAUACGGAACGGACCAGAAAGUCUUGAUUCCAGGAAUAUAGCUGAGGCAAUUGACAAUAGUUUACGGCGCCUACAAAGUGACUACAUCGACCUGUAUCAAGUUCAUUGGCCUGACCGCUAUGUCCCUAUGUUUGGAGAAACAGAGUAUGAUCAGAGCAGGAUAUAUUCUUCCGUCAGUUUUGAGGAACAACUUGCUGCUCUAGACAGAGCUAUUGGUGCUGGAAAGAUAAGAUACAUCGGCCUAAGUAACGAAACACCAUAUGGUCUGAUGAAGUUCCUACACGUUGCUGAAGGUGACUUUGGCAAUGCUAGAACAAUCUCUGUGCAGAAUUGUUACAACCUUCUUUGCCGAAAUUUUGAUUCCGGGAUGGCCGAGUGUUGUCAUCAUGAGAGUGUUAGCUUAUUGGCUUACAGCCCUUUGGCGAUGGGCAUCCUUACUGGGAAGUAUCUGUCAGUUGGUAGAGGUCCAGAUGAUGCUCGGUUGAAUCUCUUCAAAGGGAGGUAUGCUGAAGGGGAGUCAAGAUACAACCUAUCAAAUGGUAUCAUUAGAAAAGCCACUGAAUUAUACGUCUCCAUCGCAGAAAAACAUGGUGUUCAUCCUGUAUCCCUCGCAAUCGCUUUUGUUUUGAGGCACCCUCUUGUGGCGAGUGCUGUUUUUGGAGCAACGAAACUAUGGCAGCUCGAAGAGGUACUCAAUGGUUGCAAGGUCCACCUAUCUCCAGAAAUAGUUGCAGAAAUCGAUGAGGUUCAUUCUGCAUUUCCCAAUCCCUGUCCCUAACAAACAUUAAACACCUGAUCAAGUAAACUGAAGCGUCUUCAUUAUCUCGUGUGACGAAAAUUUUGAUUUUAAUUUGUCAUGCAGAGAAUGAUUCAGAUUGAUUGUAUAAACUGGAUUUUUUCAAGUCUAGAUGAGUUUCUAUAAAAAUCCACAUAACUGUAAUUGCACGAACAUAGUGGAUGCUUUA